UCUCCUUUCCGUUCACUGUUUUUCAGCUACGCAGCAUUCAACUGAAGCGCAUUUAGAUGACAAUUUCUUAACUGAAGACGUUUUCCCGAGAAGAGACCGAAGUUACCCGCGAAAUCAGCGGUUAAAGUCUACAAUGGCCCACUCGCAUGGAAGAGGUCUUUGGACCGGGCCGAAACUAUCUGCAAUUCUAAGAAGUAAUCCAAAGUUUAUAGAGGAGCUAUGUUUGUGCUUGGACCGUGAUAUGAGAUUAAUACGUAACUGGAGACACUUGGCAUCAAAACUGCACGUUGACGUGGAUGUCAUUAGACGACUGGAAGAGUACGGUGACUUCAGUCCUACCAUCCGAUUAUUUGAUUUUCUUGCGGCUUCGAAUCCAGAUUUGACGGUUAAAGAACUAAAGGAGACCAUGUUGGAGAUCGGGAGAAACGACCUUAUCAGUUUACUGAUCACAAAAGCUGGUUGCGCUGACGCUGAAAAAGUUGUCGAUGUAAUCACUUCCCAAAGUUAUGAAGCUCCCUCACUAAGAGCUGGUCUUUUGGACGCAAUUGCUUUGGCUUUAGACGCGAAGUCAAUGGUGUUGUCCAACUGGUACACCUUGGCGGUGAGACUGGGUGUGCCUAGAAAAACCUGCUGGGAGUUUGAAAGACGAUCGACAGAAAAUCCGACCGGCAGACUGUUCCAGUAUUUGGCCACCAAUUGCCCACAUGUGACACUUUUAAGUCUAGGGAAAGCUCUGGAUUCUAUCCAAAGAAAGGAUCUGAUCAAAUUACUUCGUGAAGAGAACCUGAGAGAUGACAUGCUACUUAAAAAUGUUAUAACCCCUGGAUCUGAACUCUUAGAAAAGUUGGCGCAAGAACUUAAUCGAGAAAACUGUCCAGGAGUCCAAAACUGGACACAUCUGGCCUGGAAAAUGGAAGUACCAGCCGACGCGCGUCGAGAGUUUGCUGAUAUCAAACAAAGCAUGAGAAGUCCUACAAAAGAGGUCCUAGAAUGGUUGGCCGCGCAGUUUCCUGAAAAAGCCUUAAGUGACGUUGCCAAGGCACUAGAUGAGAUUCAGCGAAACGACGCCAUACAGAUUAUAUCUGAGCAUUUUCCAGACACAGUUGAUUCAGCCCUGCAAGGACUUGGUUGUUCAUUUCAGGACAGCUUAAGCAUGCCAGAUCCGACAGGUCAGGUGUUUUUAACUGGGUUCGAAAGAGAGCAGCGGGAUUCUUUUAUGAAGCAAGAAGUGAAGGAGCAAUUUGAUCACGAUGGAAGCUUGCCAGAUCGAACGGAUUUGGUGGGCCGCAAUGAAACAUGCGAACACAUCAUAACUACCUUGUCUUCAAACAAGGCGGUUGAAAUUGUAGCGCCACCUGGAUACGGGAAAACAUCAGUUGUAAUAGAGGUCGCUCAUAGGAUGAUCGAAAGGAAAAAGUAUAUCGCGUACGUUAAACCUCGAGGUUUCACCUGUGUAGAAGAUUUAGCAAGCAAAAUAAUAGAGACUUUGAGGUACGUUCCCGGUGAGAACACAAUAACUGGAGUAUUCAGUCACAUAAAUUCCCAGAAGAGAAAAAGCGUUGUGUUAAUCAUUGAAAACAUUGACAACUUGCUGCAUCUUGAAGACCAAGUUAGCAAGGAUAACUACCAUCAAGAACUAAAAUCCGAAAGUCGCUGUACUAAAAUGUGGGGAAAAUACACGAAGGACGACUUUCUGACAUUUUUUAAAGACCUUGGACAAAGUCCAAACAUUCACCUUGUCCUUACAUCUAGAGAAACCUAUGAUUUUAGUGUGUCUUUUCCUCUCGAACUCAUUAACUUAGACUCUCUGAAUGACAAAGAUUCAGCUUCUAUGUUCGCAAAGUGCGAGGAUAGCCUGGACGAAGAUCUGAUUAAGGACCUGGUCAGAGUAUGUGGUGGUAUUCCCUUGAUAAUCUGCACAGUGAUCUCGAUUCUGAGGAGAGAAAAUCCAAGGGGAGCGGCACGUAGACUCUCCACAUCUUCACCAGGUUCUCUGGUGAGGGAAUUAACUGACCCUGAGAUUUUACCGAACGAGGAUCGUAUCGACAAGUGUCUUGAAAUCUGUUUUCAUCGCCUAAGUGAAGAAAAUCAGAAGAUUAUUGUGAUGUUCUCUACAUUUCCGUACAGAUUCACGCAAGAACAAUUCCAAGUAGUCUUUAGGUCAUCUGUAACAGCUGAUUUGCAAACGUCUCUGAAUUGCUUGCAUCACAGCAGCCUCCUUCGCUUUGACAGAAGAAGUUGUCAGUAUUCCCUCCAUCCUUUCAUACGAGAUUUCUUCUCGCUAAAGUCAGAUCACAGAGAAGCCAAAGUAACUUUCAUUCGUCACUACAGUGACUUAGCCGUUACUCUUUGCAGAACAUUCUUGACUAAAGAUUGCAAAUCGGCAAUUGACCAGUACUUAUCUGAAAAGGACAACAUUCGGGAAGCCAUAGCGUGGUGUGGAGAUGAUCAUCCUGAGCUUGACCAAACCUUCAGGGAGCAAUGCAUUGAUGCCUUCAACAAGGCCGCAGUAUUUCUUGCAGAAGUGAUGCGCAAAUAUGAAUUUCAGUCGCUUUUUUGCAAGCUUGCGUAUCGAUGUCGCUAUCACAUGCACCUUUACAGCGCUUGCUUGACAAACAUCGGAAUGAAAAUAGUUUCAAGCUGCACAUGUACCCCUCACAUUUGUCCAAGAGCCUUGUAUCAAGCGCAGGAAAUUUUGACUGAAGCAAAUGAGACUCAGUCCAAUCUUAUGCAUGUUGAGAAAAGCAUUCGUGCCCAGUGCUUGAGCAAGCUUGGAUUCUGUUGUAUUUGCGAGAAGAGUGUUGCAGAGGGCCAAAAACACCUCAACAUCGCCCUGGAAUUGCGAAAGGAGAAUGCAGAAGAAUUAAAGAGGCACGAAGACCAAAUAAUGUUAGCUGCCUGUUUCAAUGAUUUAGCAGCUUCUCAAAUGGUGCAACGAAACCACAUGCAGGCUAUUCAAACAAGGCUGCUAAAAGUGCUUCCUGUUUAUAAACAGAACCUGGGUGACCACCCGUUUACGGCAACGACACUUAAUUGGAUUGGCAAUAGUUACCACGCCUUGGGUGACUACGACAACGCCAUUCACUACAGCAGCAGAUCAAUUACAAUCCGUUCGAAACUGUUGAGGCAACAUCAGGAAACUGCGAGGUCUCUUUAUGAUCUGGGUGUGGCGUACAGCGCGAAAAAAGAUUACGAAACUGCCCUUAAGAACCUUAUGGAGGCAAUGGAAUUACAAGAAGAAGUAUUAGACACACAGGACGAGCUGAUCCACACUCAUCAAGCCUUGUCAAUUGCUCUUCGAGGUCUUAAAAGAACUAAGGAUGCAGAAGAAGAAAUGAAUCGCGCGCGAGAGUGUGCGAAAAAGCUGGAUUCGUGGGAACCUCCUUUUGAUAAGAUGGAGAUCCAAGAACUAGAGGAGAACUGGGUAGAAUUUCUCUCAGCGAAGCCACGGAACUCAGAGUUUGAGAAAACACCUUUUUGCUUAGAAGAUGAUUGAAUAUCGGCCUGUCAAAAGCUGAAUCUGCUGGAAACAGAUAAACGAUGUAUUGAUUUUUCACUCAGUUUUUAUUUCUUAGUUUAUUUGUCAUUCUGUCCGGUCAGUAAAGUGCAAGGCUAGAAAGUCUGUCUGUCUUCCUGUUUGUGCCUUUGUAUGACAGUCAGUCAAAUCGUUAAUCAAUCAAUCAAUCAAUCAAUCAAUCAGUCGGACUGCUUUUUUCUAAGAAGGCAGUACUCGCGAUAGAAAGGAAAACCCGUCAGUGAUUUAUCCUUAAAGAGAAAGAAAAUGAGAAGGGAGAGAAAAAUUUAUUUACUCGUGUGAGAAACAUGAAUUGCAAGGGUUGAUUUUACAAUCGUCGAUUUCUACACAGUGUGUAGCCUAUAGCUAAAAAAUUAAUAUCUAAGGAAUUUUUUCUAGUAUAGCUUAUUUGAUUCUUUAGAUUUAACUUAUGUGAGAAAAAUGAAUUGCAAAGUUCGUUUUUGUAAUCGUCGAUUUCUGUACGUUUUGUAAGAAAAUUUUAAUAUCAUUUAUUUAAUUCCUUUUUUUCAAUUAUUUUAUGUUUUAGAGAAAUACUUCAGAAGGAUCCUUUAUAUAAAAUUUGAAGACUCAAGAACGAGAGGGCGAUUGGGUAGAAUUUCUCCCAACGAAGCCUCAGAACUCAGAGCUCUAGAAGGGAGAAAAAAAUUAUUUAACCGUGUAAGAAACAUGAAUUCAAAGAUUGAUUUUAAAAUCGUCGAUUUCUACACAUUACAUAGACAAGAAAAUAAAUAUUUAAGGAAGUUUUUCUAGUUUAAAUUAUUUGAUUCUUUUUGUAAUUAUCUGCUAAAUAAAUUAUUCAAACGUAGCCUUAAGUGAAUAUUUAUGUGCAACUUGGAUUUACGCCAUUGAUACGAAAUUGAUCGAUGAACCAUUAUAAAGGCCUAAGAUCUUUAAUUACAAACCAUUG